UGUCGCGGUGCGGCAGCAGACAGCUCUUCUCGAGCGCGCCCCACUGCUUGGUGCCGAAGCGCAGCGCGUGGCGCAGCAGCGUGGCGUCCUCCUGCGAGCCGAAUGCGCGGGGCGGAAGCGCGGGGGAGGGGGAGAGAAGGGGCGAAUGAAGGAGAACCGGAGAGAUGGAGUAAAUGGACUAUACCUUUGAGUUGUUUCAGCCGGACGUGCAGAGGGAGAAAUGGGCCUCAAAAGAAGCCAAAAAGAGUGAAAGGUACCUGUUUGGACCACAUUCUGGUAGUUGCUUGCAUGGAAAGAUCUGCCGCUGUCGCGCCGCGGACCUCGUCAUCCACGCCGCGGAUCAUGGCGGUGCUGCCGUCUCGAAAGGCACACAUAUUUUCCGCUCCGUUUUCCUUUUAAAAAGGGGAUAGGAAUUGCUGGAAAAGGGGAUAAACCCAGAGGACAGAUGCCCGUACGUCAGUGGCUGCCGCUUCGAACCGUGACGGCACACAUCUUUUUCCGCGCCGUUUUCCUGUAAAAAGGGGAUAGGAAUUGCUGGAAAAGAGGUCAAACCUCGGAGAUUGCGCGUCGCAGAUGACUGCUAGAAGAGGGGUGUCGAACCCAUGAUUUGAGUAGCUCGGGCUUGUGGAAUCAGACUUUGGAGGGCAAACAAGGGAAGCAAGGAAAGAAGGAUUUUGCGUUGCUUGCUGGGUGUCCCAGUUGAGUGCCUGCUCGCUCAAUGCCCCGCAAUGAUUCGUUGCAGGAGGUUUGGGGGAGCGAGGACCUGAGGACCAACGAAUCAUUCGUCGUCAAUCUGGCAAUUCGAGCUGUCAGUCAUUCCUCGCCAACCAGUGGUCUAAAAUGAGCCAAUGCACACCACUUGGAUGUUGAGCAUGAUAAGGCUGGCGCUGUAAAAAAAUAAGAUCCCGCUGAUUUCACUCUUCACACGUUGCAGCUGCCACCGUGGCAUUGCAUCUCUGUACUGUAUUUGACCGUCUCCCGACCCGAUGUUCUGGUUUCGGGACCUUUUCUCUGUGCUG